CCAAACCAUCUACACCACGAAGAGAGUCUCCCCUGCACAGAAAGCAGACACGCACCAUAAGAAAGGAACCAAUUUUCCUCUGUAAACAAAGAGAACUCAAAAGGUCCAAUGGCCAUUGCCACGGCCACAAACUUGUACACUUCAUAUUCUCCAAUAACAACCAAAACCCGCAAUAACAAAAGUGUCUCUAUUCCAUUACAACCUGGUGCUUACAUCUCUAGGCAUGUCAAGUUCGCUGUACCAAUUCAGAAAAGAACCACACUUUCGAUAUCAGCUGCAAGUACCACUGCUAUACAAGUAGAUGGACCUACAACCUCUAGCAAAGCAUCAAAGACUUUGCCUUUCAGAGUGGGUCAUGGGUUUGAUCUCCAUAGGUUAGAACCUGGGUACCCUUUGAUUAUUGGUGGGAUUGAUGUGCCACAUGAUAGAGGAUGUGAAGCUCACUCUGAUGGGGACGUGUUACUUCAUUGUGUUGUGGAUGCAGUAUUGGGUGCUCUGGGGCUCCCUGAUAUCGGGCAGAUAUUCCCUGAUUCUGAUCCCAAGUGGAAAGGAGCACCUUCAUCUGUUUUUAUCAAAGAAGCUGUGAGACUAAUGCACGAGGCAGGUUACGAGAUUGGAAACUUGGAUGCUACCUUGAUCCUUCAAAGGCCAAAACUCAGCCCACACAAGGAGGCUAUCAGGGCCAAUUUGUCGGAACUGCUAGGAGCCGACCCCUCUGUUGUAAAUCUGAAAGCGAAAACUCAUGAAAAGGUCGAUAGCCUUGGUGAAAAUAGAAGCAUCGCGGCGCACACAGUGGUUCUUCUCAUGAAGAAAUGAAGUGAAGGCCUUAAAAUCUAAUACUGUUUUAAGGAUGGCAACUGUGACAUUGUUAUAUACAGCUACAAAAAUAAUGGUGUUAGUUCUCUCGACUGAUACCUUCUGUGUCUCGUAUAAAUAUUUCCCUUCGGGUGCCAAGUUUAUCGGUCAGCUAUUUUUUUAUGCUAGAUGUUGUGCCAACUUGUGAA